ACUGCUUGUCUACUGUCAAGUCAAGAGAGGGAAAAUAAAGUUUGUUUAUAAAUUGUUAGUGCGAUACGUAACGUAAGAAUCAUUGAUGACUGGGUUGAGUAUCAGCUGUCAGGAGGGGAUUUAAGUGUGUUUACAUUUCAUAAGUCGAAGAUAUUACCGAAUUUACGCCAAAAACUGUUGAAUGGGGCGUAAAUAUUGAGAUAUAUCGGUUACACGUGAGAACUAUGCAGACUAAAUACAGUGGACUAUUACGAUGACAACACCAAGUUUAAUACCGCUAGUAGCACUACCAAUACCGGGAGACAUUCUCUCAUGUCUCCAAUCUGCCGGUUACCUUUAUUACGAAGACAUCGAACAAGAAGGUUACUGUCAACUUAUGCGAUAUUGAUACGACUGACAUGAUGUGUUUCAAUCCCAUGCAGCAGGUGAUUGAAUAGUAGUGGAAAUGAAUACAGAAAUGGAAAGGAAAUGGCAGACAACUUGGAGCCUAGCUACUUAAAACGCCCCUUAGAGAGAGGGCUCUCCAGCUGAUAAUAUAGUUAAAAAAUUUGCAAGUAAUACAAAACUGUUUUGGAAAGCUGUUAUGUCACCACCUGAAGUAAAGACGGCACUUGACAUCUGGCAGGAGGAGAGUCAGCUGUUUGGCAUUGUGACUUUCUGCAAAGCAAUUGAUGACAUGUUAGAUGGAGGUAUUCCACUGCAGAGCAUCACAGAAUUUUGUGGAGCUCCAGGUUCAGGGAAGACACAGCUCUGCUUGCAGCUUUGUGUUGAUGUGCAGAUUCCGAGCAUAUUUGGUGGUCAUGAAGCAGAAGCUGUGUAUAUAGACACUUCAAGCAGUUUCACAUUGAUUAGAUUGUCAGAUAUGGCUGAUGCUUGCAUCAGUCAUUGUUCUUUAAUUGCCAGACAACAAAGUAAACUCCCUGCCUCAACUUUCACAAUGGAAGCAAUAAAAAAUGGCAUAUCUUAUAUAUCAGUAACAAACCACAUACAGCUGUUGGCUGCAGUCUUUCAACUCGAUGACAUUUUAGAAAAAAGAAAUGUAAAAUUGAUUGUCAUUGAUAGUAUUACAUUCCCUCUCCUAUAUGGAGAACUGAGCAGCAUCCAGAGAACAAGACUGUUGCAUCAGAUCCUUGAUGAAUUGCAUCUAUGUGCUAAAAAAUUCAAAGUUGCGGUCAUUGUAACAAAUCAGUUGACUACAAAAGUCUUUGCUGAUGGCACCUCACAAGUUGUUCCAUCACUGGGAGAAAGUUUUGGUCACCGUAUUAAUCAUCGCAUCAUGUUAGGAGCUGAGAAAGGUGGCACUUUUGCAGCAGUGCUCUUGAAAAGUGCUGUGUACCCAUGUGCUUCUGUCGGCUUUCAGAUAUCAAAUAUUGGAGUGAGAGAUAUUGGCAAUGGCUAACACCACAACUAUUGAUUGCCAUGUGAUGUUUAAAACUUCGUGCAUGUUGACACUGAGACCAGGAAGUGGUUCUGGAGCACAGUAUACAUAUGUUUAUAUUCCAGACAAAAAUUAGUUUUUUAUCAUGUGUGUCUUAAUGAUUCUUUUAUUUACUUUUUAAAGAAAGCCUUUGUUCAUACUGUGUAAAUUUUUUGACCAAAAUUAUUGUUUGUAAAAUUAUUA